CCGAAUAUUCUUCACCAGCCCACUCCACAAUCUGCUGCUAUGCAAAGCCAUUUCGCAUUAGCCUGCAGCAUGGGCACUUCGGCUGCAAGCCAGUCUGAUAUGUACCAGCAAAGCCAGCAUGCUCAGAAUGCUCAUGAUAGUCAACAUGUUCGCAGCGAUCAACACAGCUUUGGGCACGUCCAAAACCGGACUCAAUCUCCCAGUGCUGGGCUCGUACCUGACCCUGUCUUCGUUAACUCCCUGCGCUCAAUAGACGGGACAGGGACAAGUGGGCAAGGACAAUUGGAAGGCCCCACGGAGAACGAGGCAGUCGUCGCCGAGACAAUUGUACGUGCUCGAAAGAGCUGGAAGACCGUCAAGGGCCGCUCUGAAGUUGUAUGGCCACCUCACCUUGAAAGAGUCCUCAUACAGGCUCUUCUACAAUAUAAACCGAAUGAUGCACGAUAUACCCGUGCCUUAGGGCGAUUUCCGAAACGAAAUCGCUUCAUCUCUGACUACAUAUUCUCUGUUACGGGGAUUCGACGUAGCCCAAAGCAAGUAGGCAGCCGCUUACAACAGCUGAAAGACGUGAGCUGUGGAAAGAUGCUUCUAAACCAUGUCGCCAGCUGGUCUCAGACAACCUCUUCUGCUCCUGUCUCUGCAUCCGGAUCUCCCUUAGGGCUCGACCUUCCCCUGGAAUCUCAGUCAGAUCUCGAAUUGAUCACUAAUGAAUUACAUGGACUUGCAUCUGGUUCAGAAGGCUCGCAAUCCCCUGUAACCCCAAUAGGAGGAAUCGACCAGGCUUUGUACUUUGCACAUCCUUCUGCACCUUCGGCAGAUGUUCUAGAUUCGAUGGCAGCCAUGCAGCUCGCGUUUCCACAUUUAAACUGGUUCUCCGAGGGCCAAUGCAAGUCAGGCCCGUCACUGUGCUAAUACCACACCUCCUUUUGUCGAGGCUUCGAAGAGGACGUAACUUGCGGGAAUGAGCGGUGGUCAGUAGUGCAUGUAUAGUUCAUCCGUGUUCCCAGAACAAUCAGAGACCUUUACACCGCGUGUUCGAGGACGGUUAGAAGUUAAUGUAUCUAAACUUGUAAAUACGUAUCUCAGUACAGUAUGAUGGAUAACUGGAAUCAUCACUCAAGUCAUGAUUACG